UCAGUUUAUGAUGAGAUUUAGCUUGCUUAAAACACAACUGACGAACGUGCGUUUUCCUGCCAGUACUGGUCUUCGAAUAAUGUGCCCGACUGGUUAAUACUAUUGGUCAUGCCCGGUCCCUACAAACGCAAGAAGUACCACUACGGGGAUACUCACCUCAAGAAAUCGUGGCGCACCAAACGACGCACCAAGGACUUGGAUCAGAUUGAUAGUGACUUACAACCCGAUCAACUGGAAAAAGCCCAGCGCAAUCAAGAGAUUGACUUUGAGAAACCCGGAUUAGGUCUCUUCAAUUGCGUCCAUUGCGCCCACGAUUUUAUCAAUGAGAAAGCUUUCCAAGAUCACAUCAAGUCCAAACGUCACAAGCGUCGCCUACACGCCUUAAAAACCGAGCCCUACACCAUCGAAGAGAGCGAGCGAGCCGCCGGAAUGGGAUCCUAUGUCGCACCCAAGAAACGCAAAAUGGAAACCUGUCUCCCGUCCGCCAUUCAAAACGGGCUAGAUAUCCAAGAAAUCACCAAGAAACCCAAACUCGACGACGCGAAAAACCAGGAGGAUCGCGACGGUGAUGCCGGAAUGAAAGAAUAAACUUUGUCCCACCCAACUUUUGCCAUGCUCGGGAAUAUGUUGAAAGUCAGUCAAUGUCUGCGGCUCCGAGCGGGCGUACGGGCCCACCACACUGAUAGUGCCUUAUAUUUGACGGGUCGCACGGCUUCCUACCGCACGAACGUGGUCGUGCCCGAAAUUGGCCCAUUAUCCCUCGAGCGCGUGAAACGCAAUUUAGCGGCUAGACAAUUGAGUGAUCAGCAUGAUCUUCCGACCCUUGAGCUGAGUCAAAACUAUGUAAAGUGGUUCCAGCAAGAAGAGGAACGGGCUCUGGGCCAAUUCCAAAGUAGCCCAGAUUCCGGGGUGAUGGGGAAGGCCCUCAGUGACUUACGAGCCGAACGAUGGGCAGUCGAGGAAAAAGUAGCAUUGGCCACAUUGGCCUUGCCCAAUGAUUUAGAAGAAGACUGGUGUAAGGAUCACGACAUUGAUAUCCAUGUGCAAGGCUCGCCUCCUCGCUUUGAUUUCGCUGCCCGAUGCCACCUUGAACUUGCCGGCGAUCUCCUUGAGAUGUCCAACCACUCGCCGCAAGCCUUUUAUCUUUUGGGGUCAUUGUCUCGACUUGAGCUGGAUCUAAGCAACCGAGAUCAAGAUUACUUGCGGCAAUGUGACUUGAUUCCCUUUGCCAAUCCAGACUUUGCUAAAUCGGUCGUGAUCGAAGGUUGCGGUGUCGAUUUUUUCGACCCCAAAGCCGAAUUUGCUCUUGAACCUGCUCAAGAUUUCCAAGAUCGACAGUCCACCCAAGGGAUGCAUUUGGUGGGCGGGGCCUCGAUUUACCCUUUCGUUAGUUUCUUGUGUAAAAAUGUCGUCCAAGCCACUUCGGCCCUACCGGCCACGUUUUACACUUCAGGCCGUCGAUACCGCCCUUUGGCGACGUUUGAAAAUAGAGGACUGUUCAACACUCAGCAAACCACAGCAGUGGAGCUUUUCAAUUUCAGUGAGAGUCACGAUACCAUGAAAUCACAACUAGUGUUUCUUCGUGACAAGUUUAUAGAGUUAUAUGAUUCCUUAGAUAUCCAUUACAAAGUUGUUGCCCUCUCCGCCCCGAAGUUACACACUAACGAAUCCUGUAAACUGUCCUUCCAAAUGUAUAGUCCGAAAUUGGAUGAAUACAUAGAGGUGGGCUCUAUUCGCGGACACGGCCAAUACUUGAGUGAACGUUUCAUGCUCAAAGCCGUGAAAGACAAUAGCCAAGAUUUACAAAAUCUGUAUUGUUUGAGUGGAACCGUUUUGAAUAUCACGAAGGUGCUCGGCUGUCUCGUUGAGAAUUCUCAAACCGAGGGGGGAAAUUUUCACAUAGCAAUCUGAGUUGGCAAUAAAGUGUAUUUCAUCAUCUUCGGA